GCGACACGGUUCGUUGAUUUAAAAAAAACCAAAAAAAAACCGGCAGGUCCCUGAACACACGAAAAAUACGUAAGAGCACCAGAAUUUGCUGAAAGAGUGAAAACUAAAAGCAGUACCAUUCCCUGAAUUUGUCCCGUCAAUCAAGAUAUUGUCAUGGAUUUCAUGGGUUUUUGUGAUGGCCUGGACUUGUACACUGAUGGGGAACCAACAUCAAAAUUUCAGCCAUUAAUCAAUCAAAGUACACAAAUCCGGGACGGACUCCCAAAAAAGCUCCUACUGAACACAUCUAAGGAGACACUUGAUGAUUCUGGUGAGGUCAGAAGGUGGACCUUUGGAGAAAAGAACCAGAGUCAAACCAGAACCAUAAUGAUGUUGGGAGAAACAGGAACAGGGAAGUCCACCCUCAUCAAUGUCAUGGUCAACUACAUCCUGGGAGUAGAGUACCAAGACGACAUCCGGUUUGAGAUUAUUAAAGAGGAAGAAAGAAGCCAGACUGAAUCUCAAACCACUGCCGUCACAGUGUAUGAGGUCUAUGGAAGUGAAGGUGUUCGAGUCCCAUUCUCUCUCAGGCUCAUUGACACUCCUGGUUACACGGACACUGCAGGAGUAAAACAUGAUGAGAAAAUCGCUAAGAGUAUAAUGAAGUUGUUCGAAGCUGAAUGCGGCGUUGAUCAGAUUGAUGCAGUGUGUUUAGUGGUGAAGGCCUCACAGAAUCGUCUCACUGAUGCUCAAGUCUACAUUUUUGAUGCCAUCUUGUCCUUGUUUGGGAAGGACAUAGAAAAUAACAUCAUGGCUCUGAUCACAUUCUCAGAUAGGGGGACGCCUGGAGCUCUUGAAGCCAUUGACAAAGCUGGUGUUCCCUGUGCCAGGAACAAGAAAAAACAACCCAUUUUCUUCAAAUUCAAUAAUGUGUCCGAGAAAAUAAAUGAUGACCGUGGCGUUGAUGAUGAUGAUGAUGAUGAUGCUCUUGAUGAUUAUAAUGAUUUCUUAAAACAAAACUGGAAGAUGGGAGUGGCAACCAUGCAGAAAUUUUUUGAGAGACUAGCUACGAUGGAAACUAGAAGCCUGCAGAUGACUCAGGAUGUGCUAAUGGGUCGAGAUCAACUUGAAAUGAGCAUUCAGCAUUUACAGGAUAAAAUAAUGGCUUCUGAAAACCUACAGAAAAUGAUCAGGCAGACUCAAGAUGCCGUGGAGAAACACAAAGAAGACAUAGAUGCAAAUAAAGACUGUGUUUAUGUCGUAGAUGAACCAUGUAAAAUAAAAAUUGAUUCCAGAAAGCCUGCAACCUGCUGCAGAGUGUGUGAGACAACCUGUCACCAUCCGUGUACCGUUGUCAGCGCAGGCAUGCUAAACUGGUGUGCUGUGAUGAAGGGAAAGAAAUGUACAGUCUGUGAAUGCACGUACCAAAACCACAUUAAAGAAAAGAAGAUGUACAAGUCAUCCACCAGACAAGUCACCAGGACAUUUGAAAAACUGAAGGAACAAUAUGAAAGAGCAUCUGGAGAGAAAGGCACAGCAGAGAAUCUCAUGGAGGAUCUUCAGGAAGAUCUCGAAAAUGUUAUGUCAGGUAAAAGUGAACUCAUACAAAAGUCAUACCAGCACGUCCUCAGGCUUUCCGAGAUCGCCUUGCGGCCUGACGCCAGGUCUACUCUUCAGCAUCUCGACUUCCUGCUUGAGAGACUGAAAGAGACUGGAACUGCAGAGCAGAUUCAGAAGAUAGUGGGCAUAAAGAAAAGCGCUGAAGAGCUUAAUAAACUAAAGUAGAAGGAUAUUCUGCAACUGCGGAAACUACAAUCUUAAUUGUAUUCUGAAAAUCAAAUUUGGGAACUGCAUCUGAACUUUGAACCAGGAAAUUUGAUUCAGUGAUCAUAUACACAGUUCAUAUAUCCAGAAGUGUUCCUAUGUACUUAUUGGCACACAUUACUAGUUCACCUCCCUAUGGACUUGCAGUUUCACAUGAAGUUAUUUAGCAUGAUGGUUCCGUCAUUAUCAUAUGUUGUAGUCUCUUUAAUAAUAAUUAUAUCCUUAUUUUAGAUUCUUUCAUGAAUAACUAGUGAUCCACAAUAUGUAAAUUCUGGGGCCAAUAAUUUAUAUUUUGGCCUUAAUGACACCACUCCGAAUUACACCAAUCCAAACUAAUCAAGUUCCCACAGCAGUGAUGGAUUCGGCAAGGCGCUGGAAACAUUUAAAGAUUCUGGUCCAUGGUAACAUCAUAGCUUCACACAAUUAUUGCAGAUUUGUUGUCAGCUGCACAUUCAAGUUGUGAAUCUCCUGUUCUUUCACACCCCAAGGAUGCUCUAUUGGAUUAAGAUCUGGUGGCUGUGGAGGCCAUUGGAAUUCACUGAACUGAUUGUUGUUUGUGGAACCAGCUUGAAAUGACGUGUGCUUUGGUAGCAUGCCACACUAUCUUGCAGGAAGUAGUAUCAGAAGUUGGGAAGGUUGAACCUUCUCCUCUGACCUCUCUCAUUAACAAGAUAUUUUUCCCACAGAACUGCCGCUCACUGGAUGUUUUUGGUUUUUUGUUUUUGUAAACUUUAGACUUUUGUGUGUGAAAAUCCCAGGAGAUCAGCAGUUUCUGUGAUACUCAAACCACCCUGUCUGACACCACCAAUUAUUCCAUGGUGAAAGUAACUUUUCAUUCCCAUUAUGAUGUUUGGUCUGAACAUCAGCUGAACCUUGUUGCAUUUAAUUAUGCAUUGAGUUGCUGCCAUAUGAUUGGCUGAUUAGAUAUUUGAAGUAACAAGUUGGUAAAUGGUCAUGGUAAAUGUAAGUAGUGUACUUAAUAAAGUGUAGAUGGGCAUAAUGCCAAUUUAUGAAAGAAAAUGGUGGAAGCUCUAGAAAUACACUGCUGAUACCUAUCCAGUCUAGUACUCAUUGUAGGGACCAGAUUGGGAAUGGGUAUUGAACUUAAGUCUUGCUGAAAAUGUUUUUGUUUUUGUCUCUCUACCUGUGUACACCAGUCUAGAAAAGAGGAUGAACACCCCACUCUAUGAACACCCCAGAUAAUUCCUUAGCUUCUCCCACCAACUAAUCAUUUCUGGAAACAAAUCACAGGCAGAAUAUCUCUUAGUAUGAGCUGUAGCAUCCCACUCUGUCUAUCCCUCUGU